AUGGCGCCUUCAGCGGCAGAGUUGGCAAUGGUGGAAGCCGCAAGGCAGGAUCCGAUCGUGAGGAGAGACUUGACAAACAUGGCCAUGGCUAAUACUGGCCUUUUGUUCAUUCUCUUCUACGACCACUUGAUUACACUUCCCGACGAGGUCCGGGUCAUUUGGCCAAUGCCAUGGAAGUUGCCCAAAAUCCUCUUCAUGGUAAACCGAUACUUUGUCCCCGCGUUCCUUAUCUUCCACAAUUUCAAAGCUAUUUAUCGAGGCGCUAGACGUGUAAAACACUUCCUGUAUGCCAUGUUCGGACUCCAGCUGCUGGCCACUGGCAUCCUAUCCGGGAUUAUUAUGCCUGCUGUGCGAGGCUAUUCCGGCCAAGACAAGGUACCUGGUUGUUUGUACAUCAUGCCUCAGCACAUGGAGAUGAUUUGGCUGCCAGGGACGCUGUUUGAAGCGCUACUCGCUGUGAUGACCAUCUAUCAAGGCAUUGUAUUAGGCUUCCGCUCGCCACUACUCCGGGUGCUGGUCCGAGAUGCCUUCAUCUACUUCAUCGCUAUCUUCACUUGCUUGUUGGCCAGUUUGAUCUACCCCAAGGUCGGUCAGCGCUUUUUGGCCCCGCCGCUAUUGCUUCCAUCCACUGUUAUCGCGUCCCUCGGAACUGCACGGAUAACAAUCAACCUCCGAACGCAACCAACGCGCGAACAAGUCACCCCAGUCCCUGACCAAAUCCAGCUGCGCUCACCGACGAGCACGAACCCCGUCAUACCUUUCUACAGCACGUCGUACGGCAUGCAAGACCAGAUCAAGAUCAAGAUGGAGACAUUUGUAGAAACUAGCAAGCCAUGA